AUGGACUCGGACAAAGAGAAGCAAGACAACGUGGGCUCUGCUGAUCUUGGUAGCAUUGGUCAGGGCGAUGGCCUGGCUGAGACGGGUCAUCUGCGCCGCAGGUUGAACAAUCGACAAAUUCAACUUAUCGCGGCUGGUGGUUCUAUCGGAACAGCCCUCUUCAUCAGUAUCGGGGGUGGGCUGGCCAAGGGUGGCCCUGCCAAUCUUUUGCUCGCCUUUACGCUUUACACAAUGGUUCUUGCCCUCGUCAAUAACUCCGUGGCCGAAAUGAACACAUAUAUGCCAGUCGCCGGUGGCUUUAUUCGACUUGCGGGCUACUGGGUCGAUGAUGCCCUGGGCUUUCUUGCGGGGUGGAACUUUUUUCUCUAUGAAGCAUUUCUAAUCCCCUUCGAGAUCACUGCUCUGAAUCUGGUUAUAUCCUUUUGGAGUCCAGAGAUUACAAAACCAGGGCCAACCGCUGGUAUUUGUGCUGUUGUUAUUAUUCUUUAUGGACUUAUCAACAUCGUAGCGGUACGCGGAUAUGGCGAGGCAGAAUUCUGGCUUUCUGGCGGAAAACUCAUACUUAUCUUUAUUCUUUUCGCAUUCACCUUUAUCACGAUGGUUGGCGGCAACCCUCAGGGUGAUGCAUACGGCUUUCGACAUUUCUCGACCCCAUUUGCGAGUUAUCUAUCGACCGGCGACCUUGGCCGCUUUGAAGGAUUUCUUGCUGCCCUCUUUACUGCGUCAUUUACGGUUGUUGGUCCCGAAUAUAUCUCAAUGGUAUCUGCAGAAGCACAACGACCAUCUACAUAUAUCAAAUCCGCCUUUAUCACCGUUUACUACCGAUUCUGCAUAUUCUUCGUUAUCGGGGCCUUGGCUGUUGGUAUUGUUGUCCCAUAUAAUCACCCAACUCUGGUCGAGCUAUACUAUGGUGGGGGAGGUGGCGGUACUGCUGCAGCCUCGCCAUAUGUUAUUGCUAUGGAGACACUUGGCGUUGGAGUUCUGCCCCAUAUUGUCAAUGCCUUGAUCCUCACUUCGAUCUUCUCAGCUGGUAAUACAUAUACUUAUUGUGCUACUCGAGCAUUGUAUUCACUAGCCCUUGAAGGUCGGGCACCGCGGUUCCUACGGUAUUGUAACAAGAGAGGAACUCCAGUGUAUUGCUUUUACAUUGUCAUGCUAUUUCCUCUCUUAUCUUUCCUACAGGUCAGCAGUAGCUCAGCUGUUGUCUUGACAUGGCUUAUCGCUCUGAUCACUGGCGGUGGACUGAUUUCGUUCGUCAUUAUGUCCAUAACUUUCAUCAAUUACCACAGAGCAUGUGUAGCUCAAAACGUCGACCGCAAGAGCCGUCCCUACUAUGGCUACUUUCAACCCUAUGGCGCCUGGAUUUCACUUGUCAUCCAGACCACAAUUCUCUUCACCUACGGGUACUACGCAUUCCGCUCGUGGAGCGUCGAAGCAUUCUUUCAGAACUAUGCAAUGCAGAUCGUUGCUCUAAUACUUUUUAUUGGGUGGAAGGUAGUCAAGAAAACGAAGUAUAUCAAGCCUCAUAAGGUAGAUCUGAUUUGGGAACGUCCUCAGAUUGAAGCUUAUGAAAGCUCUUUGUUGGGUGAGCCUGUUGGAUUCUGGACCGAGAUGGCUCAAUUAGUGCAUUUUUGGUAG